UAGUGGCAGGGCCAAAAAUCAUAUCUAAACCACAGAAAUCCCCCUCUACUUGCCACUCAGCACUUUACAUGCAUUGCCUCAUUUACGAUCAUUAGCCAUUUUAAAGCUGAGAAACCAAGGCUAGAAGUAACAGAGUGAAUACAGCCCAGAUCUACCUGUGGGCCCUGGGAAGCUGUGCUCAGAGCCUGCAGUUGGUGAGGUCGGCUCAUGAGGUCACAAUGUGGCCAAGACUCAGGGGGCAGAGCAGACAGAGUGUGGGCCACGGUCCCCAGAGGUGACGAGCCCCACCAUGGGAAACAGUGGAUCCCACAAAAGGACCAAAGCACCCAAGCAGGCCCGCAAGGAGAGGCCAAGUGACAUGGACAAGGCCUGGUGGAGACAGUUCCUCAGCCACCUGACUCGGAAGAAGCCAGCUACCAGGAUCGUGCUGCUUCUCCCCUUAGACAAGCGGCAGCCGCUGGCCGAGGCUGGGCGACCGAGUGACGACGAAUCAGGCAGUGGGCUAGGCUCCCCGGCGGCGCCCAGGCUGCGCGGAGCGGGAGAAGGCGGCGAGGGCGAGCUGAAGAUGCCGGUGCUGCUGCUGUUACGGCGGGAGGCGCGGCGGCCGGAAGAGGGCGUGGCCGGUGCGUUGGGCGCGGGCGGGGCCGGGGCCCAGGCCGGGGCCGCGCUGAGCUGGCCGCGGCUGCACCAGUGCCUGCGGUCCCCGGGCAAAGCACCCGGCAAGGCCGGCCCCACCCAAGAGCAGCCGCACAAACGGCACCGCUGCCGUCGCUCACGGCUCUAAGCCCCUGACCCUCCAAUAAAGAGCUUGUGGCAACCCUGGCGCCUGUGAACCCUGUUGGAGGCGUCCGGGCGCAGAGUCGGGUUAGGCAAAGCGGAGGCUGGAAGCCGCACCGGGGUGAACGAGGCGAGGCGUAUUGAGGGCAGAGCCACCGCCACGGUCUGGAGCCAAGGCUGUCUUUUGCUUUCUCCUCCCUUGUGCCAAGAGUCAGAACACAACCCCACACCUUGCUACAGCGGUGAGAGGCAGUUCCCUUCCCCCAACACUCCAAACCCAGUCACAUCCCGCCCAGUGUGCAGGCUCGAGGUGGGCUUGGGCAAACCCAGGCGUGGCCACGCUAUCUGUUUCCAGCAAAGCCUGCAACUCCCCCAGCAUCCAGAAAUCCCUCUUAGGCAGAGGGAGGGUCCCAGACCAACAGGCACCAUCCUAGAAGGAUAGCCAGGACACCACAGUCAGCUGGGGCAAGGCCUGAGACGUGGAUUCUGCUGUGGACGCACCCAGGACAGGCUGGAAACCCUGGGCCUCUGGCCCCUCAUGCCCACACAUUGUGUUUGGUAACCCCAAAACACUCAGCCCCCCAAUCUUCCCUAAGGCACCUCUGUCUCCCAACCUACCCUGUCCCAUCUCCUUUCCCACAAGACAAAGCCUUCUUCCAAACCAUUCAUCUGUCUAGGGCAGCCCACUCCCCUGCUCAUCAGCUUUCAACAGGUCUCUUACCUACAGGGAAAAAGCCCCCAGCCUCAGCCUCACUCCCCAAAUCACUUAAA